AUGAAUUAACAAGAAAAAGAAACUUUCAAUAAAAAAUAUGAUCAUUUAUAUAAUAAAUUAUAGCAAGAAUAUAAAAAAUGCAUUUAAAAUAAGAGAGAAAAAAAGUUUGCUUUUUAUAAAAGAGAAAAUAACCCAAAGCACAAUGAAUUAUUGAAAUAAAUAUACUGA